ACUUCCACAAAUUAAACUUAUGAUAAUUUGUUAUUGUAUGUAUAAUGUAUUUAAGAGUGUUAUUUACAUACUCGUUUGAUAAGGCAGCAUUCUUUAAAGUUAGACAAAAUUAGGAAACGUUAUAACUUUAAGAAGAAAACAGUUUUUUAUUAAAAUUCCUAUCAUGUUUUCUGCUUUGAAGAAACUAACUAGAAGUAACGAUGAUCGCUGUGCUGCACCUAUGCCGAUGUCUUCUUCUUUACAAAAGAAAUUCUCCACAGGAGUCCAUUUUAAUAUGAAAAUUUUAAUAAAAGGGGAUCGAAACGUCGGAAAAUCAUGUCUUCUGCAGAGAUUACAAGGUGGACCGUUUACUGAGGAAUAUGUUCCCACUGAACAAAUUCAAGUGGCACCAAUUCAUUGGACUUAUAAAAAUACAGAUUACAUUGUGAAAGUAGAAGUGUGGGAAGUAGUUGAUAAGGGUCGAGCCAAAAAGAAGCCACCAUUAGGAUUAAAGUUGGAGAACCAAGCAGCACCAGUAACACAAGAUGAAGAAUAUGAAACUCCUGUGCUUGAUGCUACAUUCCUGGAUGUUUAUAAGAAUGCCAGUGGUGUUAUAUUAAUGUUGGAUAUAACUAAACCAUGGACAUUUGAGUAUGUAGUGAAAGAGUUAUCACGGGUGCCUGCGGACCUGCCUGUUGUGGUACUAGGUAACCACUGCGAUAUGCAGCAUCACCGACAAGUACAUCCCCACCAUAUAGAUCAAGCUUUACAUCAUGCCAAACUCACAAGAACAGCACCAGUGCGAUAUGCAGAAUCAUCAAUGAGAAAUGGUUUUGGAUUAAGAUUGUUGCACAAGUUUUUAAGUGUACCAUUCUUAAGGUUACAGAAAACUAGUUUAUUAGAACAGUUACAGAGAAAUCAAAGGGACAUGGAGGAUGUUGAAAAGGAACUUGAUGAAUUUCAAAAUUCGGACGAGGCGCAUUAUAAUACAUUUUUAGAUCGCCUUGCAAAUAAACGUCGGCAGAGCAGUGAAAAGGUUGAGCCGCGUGUGAUAAAUGACAGAUCACCGAGCAUUGUUUUAGGAGCGGGAAAACCAAUAGUACCACCCAAUGUCAAUCCACUUUUAGCACAAUCGUUGAAUCCAAAAGGAAUAAAAGCUUGCCACAGUGUACCGGAUAAUACACAGACUAACCAGUCCCAGUAUGUGAGUCCUGAUUUGUUGAAACAUAAGCAACCUGUUAGUAUGGACAUGACACCCUCGAGGCAAUCACAACAAGAUAGCGGUCCGGGAACACCGUCUGGUACCAAUGCUUCCGCAUCUUCAGGAGCUUUAGAUGAGUUCUACGCAGGCACACUGGAUAGCAGUUUCCUGGAGGACUUGACUCCAUUGUCUAAUUGCAAUCAAGAGGUUACAUAUGACAGUGACAGUGAUGAUGAGGUAGCAAUAAAUCCAAAAGUGACAGUUGAGGAAGAUGAUUUAGACAUAGACAACAUUCCAUCGACUAAUCAAGUUAUAGAAUCCAGAUUGAGCAUAGAUUAUUAUACUUCGAGAAUGGAAGAAGAGGAUGAAAGUUUGGGAAAAAGGUUCAUGAAAGAAGCAGUAAUAAAUACUGAUGACAUAGAAGAUAAUACAAUGACAUUGAAUGUUGGAGAUCCUGAACUACAAUUAUCGUUGAACAAUGAUUUUCCUAUUUGGGCCGGGGACUCUAGUGUUAGAAGAUCACCGGAAGGUGGAGAAGAUCCAGAUAUUUCAAAAGAGACUGAUUCUAAGAUAGAAAAGAAACACAAAAAGAAGAAAUCGAAGGACAAAGACAAAACCGAUGGCAACGAAAAGUCGGAACGUAAAGAGAAAAAACACAAACAUAAGAAAAGCAAGAGUGAGAAACGGAACUCCAAUCCACAACAAGAUUUAUUGGCUCCCACUGUUACUGCUGACUUUGAUUAUGAAGAUUACGAUAGUAUUUAAAACUAGUGAUCCGCCCCGGCGUCGUUCGGGUGGGUAGAUCCACAAAAAAUGUAGCCUUGCUUACUAGACCUAUUGGUAAAAAAAAUGCUACAGAACUAUUUGAGUUUGUCCGAAAUUAACUUUUCUUCUUUAAAUUAGUAUAGACAAGCUAGAGUUAGUAAUAAUAGUCAUUUUAUAGCUUUGUUAUUUAAUACGCGACGCGACAUUUAAUCAAAUAAGUACAUAUUAUUAAUGGUUUACU